AUGUGCACCUGCGAAUGGAUCCGAUUUGCGUGCGGCCAUGAAGAAAAGCGCCGCUACAUCUCCUGCACAACCCUCGACGAGAUAAACGACAGCUCCGAAUGUCCCUGCGGAAGCGUCGACUUUACAGUUACCAGAUCACCAAAACCAUGCGAAAUGGUCGGGUGUACUUAUAUCGAAUGCAUGGUCAAAGGAUGGGCUUGCUGCAAGUGCAAAAAGGGACCAAAUGAGGGACAUGUGUGCAAGCAAGAUGUGAAGCCAUGGCGAUGGGAAUAUGUUGGAUGUGGGCAUGGUUUUUGUACAAACUGUACACCAUGGAGGGACGGAGAGAGGAAGAAGAGCGUGGAUGGACAGGAGGAUACUCAUCAAGGACCUCUCAGAAAAAGGUCCAAGAAGAUUCGGAAGAGCUUGGAUGUUAUUACCGGAAGGGCUUAG